AUGUUACUUGGAGGUCCAGCUGAAAAGAGACGUGCAGAGGAUCUGUUGUCAAGGGUAAAUGUUGUUCCUGACAAACCGUCGUUUAGAGCCGACAUUAUGCCGAAUACUGGGAAAAUUAAAGACCGGUCUCAUGUAAUAUUUGGAACUGGUGAUAGUUUGAAGGCUGUGACAGUGACUGCGAACUCCGAAUUUGUACGAGCUGCUCACCAUCAGGGAGUUUUGUUCUCAGUUUUCCUGCACGCAUCAAGGGCCCUUACCGAGGAAAAGGAGAAAACGGCUGAAGCAAUUCCCCGAGGAUGAUGACAGUUGCUCACUGUGGAUUUCA